AUGGCAAACGUGAAAGUCGCCAUUCGAGUUCGCCCUCUCAACGCAAGGGAAGGUGUGGAUGGAGGGAGGCUAGCUGUGCAGGUGGAGGACAAGUUGGUUAGGAUAAAGAAUACUAAGCUGGAUGGACGUCAGGACGGACAUGGAGACUCCAGGGAGAAGGUGCUGGAGUUUGGUUUUGACUACUGUUACUGGUCUGUGGCCCCAGAGGAACCACACUACGCCUCACAGGAGGAGGUGUUCCAGGACCUGGGGGUGUCGGUGCUGGCCGGGGCGUCAGAGGGCUACAACGUCUGUCUGUUUGCCUACGGGCAGACUGGCACUGGCAAGACCUACACCAUGAUGGGCACGCAGGACUCCAUGGGCCUGACCCCCAGGAUUUGUCAGGGGCUGUUCAGAUCUGACACCACCUUCCCUGAAGGACAAAACUCCAGCAGGGUUGAGAUCAGCUUCCUGGAGAUCUAUAAUGAGCGUGUCCGUGACCUGCUGCGAGGCAGAGAGCAGAAGAAGAAAGCCUCCCUACGGGUUAGGGAGCACCCUGAGAAGGGACCCUACGUACAAGACCUGUCCCAGCACGUAGUGUCUGACUACAAGCAGGCGGUGGAGCUAUUGGAGGAGGGCAUCGCCAACCGCAUCACCGCGGCAACACACAUCCACGAUGCCAGCAGCAGAUCCCAUGCCAUCUUCACCAUCCAGUACACCCAGGCUAUUCUGGAGAAUAACCUUCCCUCAGAGAUCGUCAGCAAGAUUCACCUGGUAGACCUGGCUGGCAGUGAGAGGGCAGACCCCCACUACUGCAGAGACCGACUCACUGAGGGAUCCAACAUCAACAAAUCCCUGGUGACCCUGGGUAUCGUCAUCUCUGCUCUGGCCCAGAACUCCCAGAUGUCCAGUAGUUGUCAGAGCAUCAACAGCGUGGCCAGUGAGGGUGAUGCCGGCAGCACUGUGGGCAGCCACACCAGCUCUCUGUCUGGGGGAGGUGGUGGAGGAGGAGGAGGAGGAGGGAGAAGACACUGCUUCAUCCCCUACAGGGACUCUGUCCUCACAUGGCUCCUCAAAGACAGCCUGGGAGGAAACUCCAAGACCAUCAUGAUCGCCACCGUGUCCCCGUCCUGCAGAAGCUACAACGAGACUCUCAGCACCCUGCGCUACGCUGCUCACGCCAGGAACAUCGUCAACAAGCCGCGCGUCAACGAGGAUGCCAGUGUGAGGUUGAUCAGAGAGCUACGUGAGGAGAUUGACAGGCUGAAGAGCAUGCUGCUCAGCUUCAAGAUGCGGAAUCCCAGUCCUUCUCUGAGCGAUGAGCGAGACGGCAGUCUGUCUGACAUGGUGUUACAGAACGAACUAAAGGUGGAUCAGCUGACGAAGGACUGGUCAGAGAGCUGGCGGGACAAGAAGGAGCUGUUGGAACAGUACAGUGUGGAUAUCAACAGAGACCGGGCUGGUUUUCUCAUCCACUCCCUGUUACCACACCUUAUUACACUGGACCGGGAUGUACUCAGCACCGGAGUCACCUUCUAUCACCUCAGGGAGGGGGUGACCUCGAUUGGACCUCAGGACAAACUGGUUGAACCACAAAUAGUCCUCCAGGGCGGCGCCACCUGUGAGAUAGAAAACCAGUCUGGGGUGGUCACCCUGAGGCCGCUGCCAGGGAGUGUCUGCAUGGUCAACGACAGGGAGGUGACAGAGCCCUGCAGACUGGCCCAAGGGUCAGUGAUCACUAUUGGAGGUGUUCACAAGUUCCGCUUCAACCACCCAGCAGAGGCUGCAGUCCUGAGGGAACGCAGACGGGCCAGUGAGGGUGCACUGAACUGCAGCUACAGUGACCUUCGAUCCUCAACCUCCGACCCCAGGCUUGGAGGAGAGGUGGUCCCGGGACAGACCGGGUACUGUGUGGCUGAAGGAGAGGAUCCAGCCAGCAAGCAGCAGUGUGUAGAGGACCAGGUGAAGUACGUGGAGGAGCGAAGGGGGUACGUGGAGUGUUUACGCCAGGAGAUCCAGACUGAACAGAGACGGGCUGAGAGAGAUCUGGAGAGCGAACAGGCCCAUCUGAGACAACAGCACAUUGACAUCCAGCAGUGGAUUCUGCAGGAGAAGCAGCGUCUGGCAGCUAUAACGUUAGAGGAAAGAGGAACUCAGGAGUUUGGUGUACAGACUGAUCCGAUUCCAUCUCCCAUCCUAGACAGCCUGCUAACGGAAGGUUCGGAAGGUUCUGAGGAAGGGUGUGGUCAAACAGUGGCCCCUCCCUCUGAAGUUGUUCUAAACAGGAAGAAGGUUGUUCAGGAGGAGCUGUUACGACAUCACGCCUUGCGGCGCGCCGAGAGCCGAUUUCGACGCAAAAGACUUCACUACCAGCUGGAGAGGAUCGCUCGCAAGCGCCAUCUACUAGAGGCUAAGAGGGAACUGCAGUGGCUGGAGAAGGCCCUGCCACCAGGUCUAGAGAGCCCUGCUUCCCCUGAACUAGGGUCCUCCUCAAGUUCCAGAGGACGUCAACCUGUCUUGCGCAGGCAUUCUUUCUCAUCAGACCUUCUGUCCCGAUUGUACCCCCAAAACACCCCGAUCUUCAGGUCAGUAUGA